CACACUUGCAGUGAAGCCCAACGGCCGCGGCGGCCCGCGUUCUCCGAGUGUUUGUAAAUUGUAAACAUCCUUGCAAAGCUCGCUGAUCGUUGCGUUUUACAAGGAAAACUGGUAUACCCCUCGGUUUAUUAAGACGCCGGAGGCCUUACAAAACAAAUACAGAAAAUGAACACGUUCCAGCCAGGAGCUGCGGUGGCACCAUGUUCCAAAGUCGAGCUCAGUAUUUCAUGCAAAAAUUUAAGAGACACAGACGUCACGUCCAAGUCGGAUCCCAUGUGUGUGGUGCUGAUGUGCCGAGGUGGCAGCCAACAAUACUCGGAGAUCGGACGGACAGAAGUCAUCAAGAACACUCAGGAUCCCGAUUUCAUCAAAAAGUUCACCGAGGACUACUACUUUGAAGAGAGCCAAAAGAUGAGAUUCGAGGUGUAUGACGCCGACUCCAAAAGCCAGAGACUCGAAGACCAUGAUUUCCUUGGUAGCAUGGACUGCACGCUGGGCGAAAUCGUUUCGGUUCAGGGAAGCAGGUUCAUCAGACCUCUCACGAAUCCCAGUGGCAACAAAAAGCUUGGGAGCAUUACAGUGAUUGCUGAAGAAGUGAGCUCUUGCAGGGAAGUGGUGACAAUGCAGUGGUCAGCCAAGAAGCUGGACAAGAAAGAUUUUAGGGGAAAGUCUGACCCCUUUCUGGUCUUCCUCAAGUCCAACGAAGAUGGGAGCUUCACGACGGUGCACAAGACUGAGGUGGUCAAGAACAAUCUGAGUCCCACGUGGCGGCCGUGCGUGAUCAAGAGCACCACGCUUUGCAGCGGGGACCCUGACCGGCCCCUGAAGGUGCAGUGCUACGACUGGGACAGCGACGGCAGCAGCCAUGACCUCAUAGGGGAGUUCUCCUGCACCCUACGGACCCUGCAGAAGGGUCCCUGUGCUGAAAAUGUCUACCAGUGCAUCAAUCCAAAGAAGACGUCUAAGCAAAGCUACAAAAACUCCGGCACUGUGACACUGAUGAACUGUGCAGUGCAUGAGCAGGCAACUUUUCUGGACUACAUCCAAAAAGGGACGCAGCUGCAUUUCACGGUGGCGGUAGACUUCACGGCCUCCAAUGGCGACCCCCGCACACCCCAGUCGCUGCACUACAUGGGCCAGCAGGCCAACGUCUACACGCUCGUCAUCCAGGCGGUGGGAGACAUCAUCCAGGACUAUGACGCCGACAAGAUGUUCCCUGCGCUCGGCUUUGGCGCCCGCCUGCCACCCACCGGCGAGGUGUCCCACGAAUUUUUCCUGAAUGGCAAUCCCAGCAGCCCAUACUGCCCUGGCGUGCAAGGGAUCCUGGAGGCCUACCAGCGGACGCUGCACACGGUUCAGCUCUACGGACCCACCAACUUCUCUCCCGUCAUCAACCACGUGUCGAGGUUUGCCACAUCGUACCAGGACGGUCGGCACUACUUUGUGCUUCUCAUCAUCACGGACGGAGAGAUUACGGACAUGGCGCACACCAAGGACGCCAUAGUUCGCGCCUCUGCGCUCCCCAUGUCCAUUAUCAUUGUCGGCGUUGGCAAUGCCGAUUUCGGCGCCAUGAACGAGCUCGACGGUGACAACGUACGCAUCACCUCACAAGGCCGCGUUGCGGAACGGGACAUUGUUCAGUUUGUGGCAUUUCGCGAUUUCCUGGGCAACCAAAACCCAGUGGAGUCCAAGGCACGGCUGGCUAAGGAAGUGCUGGCGGAGGUGCCAAACCAGCUCGUGGCUUACAUGGAGAAGCGUGGUUUCCGACCUGGCAACCCCGUGUAACGGCCCAUGUUGUAGCAUUCACAGCCGUUCCCAUCUGCCCGUCCCACCUGUCUGAAAAUUUUUUUUCUGGCAGGCACUGCCACAUGCAUUGGCAUUAAUGCUCUCUAAGAGUGGGUUGAAGUAGAGCCGCUAGACAAGCUAAGUUUUGAGUAUCGGCCCUUUGUUCCUCGAGUUUUCCGUAAGUGCCGCCAUUUUGUUGCCUUGUGCAGAUGGGGCGCGAUUGGUAAUAGUUGAGAUUCGAAAAUGCGCCUUUAUUAAUUGUAUAAGGGGUUCGGGAAGCUUGGGUGAUAUUACUUUGCUCCGUCGCAGACUCUUUUAACAUUUCUGGAGGACGGAAGAGUGUUUCCUGCGUUUCCAGAUAGAACUUCGGAUUAACUGGCAACUGGUUUGAGCAACAAGAUGGCCAAAGCGUCGUUACUGUGAAGCGUAGCUUAGUUAGUGGCUCUACGUUGAAGAACUCUCCACCGACUCAUUGUUAUGUUUUGCCUUAGUACUUCUUUGCCUCUAGUCCGAUCUACAAAGUAGGAGCAAUUGGCAUGUGUCAAGUAGGUCAAGCCAUUCUCAGGGCAGAAUACGGCUACCGUAAAAUAUCGAGCAAGCGCCCAUUCAAAAUUUGAAGAUAAUCGAGAAAAAAUAGGGGAUGGAUGCACGUGAGAUCAUCAAUUUUACAUAUGUAUGUACUGUGCAUAUUAUUUUUUCAGAUGUUUCAAAUUUUGGGGGUGGGCACUUAGCGCAGAAUGGGCGGAUGCAUAGUAUUCUACAAUAUAUUAGAGAGAGUUUCAGUAGACCAUUUUCGGUAUUCCUGAUAUAUAUUUUGUACACUAUGUUUGCUAUCUCUGUGGUGUGAGCAAAGUGAUCCAUUUUUUACUAUAAUUGUACUAUACGUAUGGCAUUUACCGGCUUAACAUGUAGCAACGUCAAAUGUACUGCAAACACAAUGUAGAAGAACCUGUCCGUGGCACAGAUAUGGAUGUUGCGAAGGGUUGCAAAGUAUGUUUACGACACUAGUACAGGUAUUUGAGGUGCUAAUAAAACAAAAAUUAUUUUCUAAAAAAAAAAAAAGACUUUAUUAUAGACAGGUUUUGCUUUAUUGAGAUGCCACAAAUGACUCACCAAAGCACUCCUGGUUACAGCCUUCAACUUUGUUGUCACGAUCAACUCGGUGACAGAAACUGACAGUCCGUUCCGAAAAACCAGGCACCGACGCUUGCUUCUGCUACUCGCUACGUGAGGUUUCGCAACGUCAGACAUGAUGUGAGAGUAUACAUUUAUGUUCUUCAAACUCUGCGUCAUCUCCCCAGACUGAAUUGAGAAACCAGGUUUAUUACCACCCAAGCACAUCAUUUGCAAGGUGCUUUUUUUUUUUUAGAUGCCUUAUGGUUGUUGACGGGACUAGAACAGCAGAGAGGUCCUUCAAUUGGACACAUCUCCAGCGUGAUCCUCCUGCCUUUGGUGAUGCUUCGGCGUCCUGUAAGCCUCGAGCAUGCACUUGCAGCCAAAGCACAGUGGAAGGCAAACUGCGCAUGCUGGAGGCCAGGCGUCGGAAAGAGACGACCUGGCGCUCUCAUUCUGUUGGUUACUAUAUAUAUAUAGACAGAAAGCAUUGUUGACUAUAUGCUAGCUGCUUCUCUCUAGCUAUUCAAUUGCAUUUCUUUUAUCCAGUCAUUGUAUGCAUAGCUGUCCUUGUUAUAGAGGGGCUUUUUGGUUGUGAUGGACCAAACAAUGCAUGUUUUUGGUGACACUACGUCGCUGCGCAAAGAGGACACCCUUUUUGGUCAGUUCUCCUUUUUGUCGCAUUUUGAAACCUCGGUGAUAAGUUUUGUUUGUUACGGUUGUUCGCAGUUAUUUCUCUUUAGUAUGUCUCCUCCUCACCAUUUAUUAAAAAUGAUUUUAUUAGUUGUUUUAUUGUCAUAUUGUGUAUUAAUAUUUUAUUUUAUUUUUUAGGGGGCAAGGGGUACGCACGGAUGAAGCAGCAAUAUGGGCUGAAAGGGCAGUCGAUGCACAGGAAAUUGAAAGGCCUUCAGUGUUUUUUUCCUUAUUUCGUUUACUUCACUUCAUUAUUACCAUAUUAGCACGCCCGGUUAUUGCCGUCUUAGAUUCUGUUGCGUCCUUCUCCCCAAAUUUGGCCUUUGUGGAGGCUCGUCGACACCCGUUUCAGUGGUUUGACGUCUAGGUAAGACGAGAGAAAGUCAGCAGUGGCGGCUGUAAUCUAGCACGUGUCCAAAGCGUCUAUUACACUAGACUACUGAGAUGAAUUGGCAAGCUUAUACUAAUGAAAACGAAGAAAACCAAUAAGAACACAUGGCAUAUGUUCUUGUUUGCAAUUCAGUUCAGCAUUUCAGAGAGAAUGCUCAAUUACAGAAAUAAGAUCAAUGCUGGGUGCCUGAAAAUGAUCCACCACCACAACCCCUUGUGGCUCAAGCUUAUUUCUGUCUUACACUGAAGGAGUCAAAUCUUUUCGUACUGCAUGUAAUGAAUGUGCAUUGCUCUCAGACUUUCCAAUCGCCGACCAAAACUUGUAGGCAUGUGCCUCUGUGUAUUCUUUAGCCACGUCGCUGCUUUGUUGUCCCAUUUUCUGUGGAAAGAUAUAUUUGACGUCGUCUGUGCGACGGUCGGCUGCAACGCCGAUUGAGUUUGUGUCAGAUCCUAUCAAUAAAGCAUGUAUGUUUUGUUA